UUUCUAUAUAUCUUUCACCUAAUGGUUUCUUUGAAACAAAAAAGAAAAACACUCAAAUAAUUUUCUAACUUUUUUUCAUCAUGCAGAACAACUAUCAAUCAUCCUUUCGGCAGUUCAGUGAUGAGCUUCGUGUUCAAACCAACAAUCUCUCAAAUCUUUCUCUUAACGACUCCAUCUGGAGCACCUCUUACGUAUCGAAACGGCCCGAAAAAGACCGUCGGAAUUUCGACAUUCGCGUAGGAGGAAAUGCCCACAACACCACCACCAAUGGAAACAAUAGUUCCGGACCGUCAAACCCGGACUUCAACGGGUUCAACUUUGGUUGGAAGAUCGGGUCCUCUGGGGUAAUCGGGUCAAGUAGUCCGAACCCGGUUGGUGAUUAUGGGAUUAAUGGAGGGUUUAAUAAAGGGGUUUAUUUAAACCCUGGUUUGAAUGUUAACCAGAAUAUUAAUCAGGUUAGUAAUGUUGUUAAAGUUGUGAAUGAUAAAGAUAAACGUAAGCAUGGGAAAAACAAAAAGAAUCGUGGUAAUAACAACGUUAGUAAAAGUGAAAAAGACGGCGGGAAGAAUAGUGUGGAUAAGAGAUUCAAGACACUACCGCCGUCAGAAUCUUUGCCGAGAGAUGAAACGGUUGGCGGUUAUAUCUUUGUCUGCAACAAUGAUACCAUGCCAGAGAAUCUCAAGCGGGAGUUAUUCGGUUUACCACCGCGUUACCGUGACUCGGUUAGGCAAAUCACGCCUGGUUUACCCCUUUUUCUCUACAAUUAUUCAACCCACCAACUUCAUGGAGUUUUUGAGGCUGCCAGCUUUGGGGGUACAAACAUCGAUCCCACUGCUUGGGAGGAUAAGAAAAACCAAGGCGAAUCCUCCUUUCCUGCUCAGGUGCGAGUCACCACAAGGAGCCUGUACGAGCCAUUAGAGGAGGACUCGUUCAGACCGAUUCUUCAUCAUUACGACGGCCCUAAGUUCCGCCUCGAACUCAACAUUCCAGAAGCUCUCUCGCUAUUGGACGUGUUCGCAGAGAAGAAAAACUGAAGGGUGACCAACAUAAAGGCUUCUGGCCUCUGGGGUUCACAUGAAUAACAUACACAUGUGUAGGUUACAUGAACGUUUGUAGUUCGAGUCUUCGAGAGGCGUAGAAUUAUUUAUAUACAUAUGAUUAAGGAAAAAACAUUGGGUAUUGACUGUUUAGUGCGUUGUAAAUAAUCGAAGAGGUCUUUGUCAUGAUCAUAAGUUGAGUUAUGUACGUUGAACUUGGUAUGAAUCUUAAACAUAACUAUUAUAUUAUGGAAA